AUGCCUCAAGGCAGCUCUGCUGCCCCUGGGUGGUUUUGCAAAGUCAUGCAGGAGGUCAUUAUAAAUCUCCUCAGUUUUGCAUCGUACGUGGAUGAUUUGACCGUCUUGGAUGGCACUGCUGCUUCUCGUGUUGGUGCCACUCGCGCUCUUUUUGAACGAUUGCGCACACACAACUUGAAACUCAAGUCCCCGAAAGCCACCAUUGGCGCUACAGAAGCGAACGUCCUCGGCUUUACCAUCUCUCCCGACGGUGUUAGGCCAAACGGUGCCAAGGUUGCGGCCCUCAUCAAUAUGCCUAUGCCCAAGGAUAUCAAGCACCUCCGUUCUCUUCUCGACGGCCUCAGCUACCACCGCAAGUUCCUCCCCAACACAGCUACACACAUUCGGCCUCUGACCACUCUCCCCAAGAAGCAGGUGAAGGUCCUCUUCACCCCUUCUAUGGAGCAAGCCGUUCGCGUCCUGUUGUUCGAAUUGGCCAACCCCCCUGUUUUGGUUUAUCCAGAUCGGGAUGCCGUUUCGGACGGCUCGCGACCUUUUCAUCAUUACAGUGAUGCUCAUAGCGAUGGGUUCGGAAGGACUCUGAACAAGAACGGCCGGGUGGCUCCAUCCGACCCAUCGUUUUCAUCAACCGAGCUACUUUGGACUCCGAACGUCACUGGAUUCAUCUCGAUCUCUAGGCGGGUAGCAUCGUGUAGUGUAUCAAACGACCGGGUACUUGUGGGGUACGAAAUUUCGGAUUUUUCCCGACGACAAAUCUCUUGA